AACAAACAAAACCCACAAAGUUAAAAACGAAACACCAAUGAUUCAAAUUCUCCUGUCUGGGUUCUAAUUCAUUUCCCCUGUUUUUAAAGCACCGCCGGAAAAUAUGAACACGAUGAUGAACAGAGCGGAUCUUCAAUUCCAGCUAACGGAUGUUUCAACGGCCCUUUCGAAUCUGAUUCUAACGGGCGGAGGAAAUACAUUGGAUUCGAUCUUCUCUCACUGCGAGAAUUUAGCCUCUAUGAACGACGGUGGAGAUUUUGAUCGGCCUGUGGGGUCGUCGGUGUAUCUCCAGCAGCGGGAGGUGUUGAAGAGAUUUUCUCAGGACAGUAAACAGAAUGGGUCUCGGGGUUUGUUUUCACGGGCGUAUGAAUUGCUGUAUUCGAGAAGCGGGGCUGCUGUGGGCGGCGGUGAGAGGAAGCUUUACAGAGGAGUGCGGCAGAGACAUUGGGGGAAAUGGGUGGCGGAGAUUCGGCUGCCGCAGAAUCGGAUGAGGGUGUGGUUAGGAACGUACGAUUCGCCGGAGGCUGCCGCGUACGCGUACGACUGUGCUGCCUGUAAGCUCCGGGGGGAAUAUGCGCGGUUGAAUUUCCCGAAUCUUAAGGAGCUGAAGACGGAUUUGGGCGCCGGCGAGUUUGCGAGAUUGAGUGGGUUGAAGAAAUUGGUCGAUGCUAAGAUUCAAGCGAUUUUUCAAAAGAUUCGGAAGGGGAAAGGGAAGAAGAGUGUGAAGAAGAAUGAUUCUCAGAGAACCGGCGGCGAUUUGAGUUCCGGUUCGUGUUCUUCGUCGUCGUCGUCAUCAGUGUCUCUGCCGCCUGCGGCAGUGGAGUUGACGGAUGAGUGGAGUUGGGAAAGGGUGCAGCCGCCGAUCGCGGCGGAAGAGGGGUUGUGGAACUUCGAGAACUCGCCUCCAGAUGUCUCCACGGAUUGUGCGACGGCGACGGCGACGGCGGGAUUAGAAACGGAGUGCUACUCAUUGGCAAAGAUGCCUUCCUAUGACGCCGAGCUCAUAUGGGAAGUUCUUGCAAACUAGGGCUUGUUAAUCUUCAA